AUGAUUCGUCUGUUAUUCGUUUGGAUUCUACUAAUUGCUAUAAUCUGCGUGCAGGCAAAAUUAACUUGUACGAAAUGCCCAUUCCACAUAGAACCCAAAGGACAUACGAAAUGCACGGAAACUUGUCAAGGAGAUGUUUGUUAUAUUGUAGUCAAUCGAUUUUACAAUGGAACGAAGAUUGCGGGUUGUAUAGACCUUUACGAGGGUGAGAAGUUCGAAACUCCAGCUGUAUGUUACAGGCAGGAUCAUCAAACGUCUUGUGCCUGCACGACGAAGGACUUCUGCAAUAGCCCAACUUCUCCAAUUGCCGACUUCAAAUUCCAGGAAACAAAGAUUUUGGAUGGUCAUCAGCUACAGCCGCUCGUAGGAGGUGCGGGGCAUUCAGAUCAAGCAUCGCUGGCGACAAUCAAGCCUUCAGGUGAUGUGGACACAGCCGGAGUCAAGAACAGGUAUGUUGGUCCAUAUAAUUUCAUUUAA